AGUAGUUGCGUUUCGCGCUGUUUGAGUGCCUCCUGCCCACCGCUCGCAGCAUGGUAGACACCUUUUGACAUGAUGGAGGAAGAGGCCGUGGAGCUUCUUAGGCCUCGUCCUGGGAAUGGCGUUGUAUCGCGGGAAUUUUGCUUGUGCCAUUGCGUUCAAUGCAUCGCAGGAAAAGCAAACCCGAUUUACUUUGCAGAGUUGGGAAACUUUGUUUGAAGCUGCUAAAUGCAGGCAGGACGAGCUAUACCUUCUUGUGCGAGAGCGUCCGCGGAUGGUACCACCGCAAGUGCUACAGUACAUACACUAACAAAACGUUGCUGGGUCGGCUGCCACUUGGACGUGGCCAUGACUUUUCAAGCCAUUCUGAAUUGGAGGAGAUACAUGUAUGUGAUGAUGGGACACCAUGUACCAGCAAAGCGUAGAACAAGGAGAGAUGUACAAUGAUUGAAUCCACAUCUGCAGACUUGUGCCUCAUGACAUGUGCAUCUAGCAGAGUUGGAGAACAACGCAAGAAUUUUGGCUUUCGCUCCAGAAUGGCCCAGAUUGCGUUGCAGCGGAAAUCCACUAUCAACGUCGGAGCAUGCUACAGUGCCUUCACCCACCUGGCCACUAUGCACCGGCAACGAAGUGGCAAAGGGAGUGACCAGCCGUCGGCCUACGAAACAUUUGACAGCCUGGUGCUGUAUAUACUGUCCGAGUUGAAGUCUGCAAGGGCCUUGCCCAUGAAGCUUCUCACGGAUAAGUACAAUAACUGCAAACGGCACCAGCUUGGCCGACCAUCACACUCCGCCUUAGUAUCCAACUUUCAUGCUGAAAAAGAAGAUAAUGAGCUACUUGGGGACCAGCAAUUGACAUGUAUGGUAAGUGGCAUGGGUAUACAGGCGCACUCUUCACGGAGCAACCACUUGUCUGUGUCGUCUGCAAACGGUCCGAUGGCCGGUAAUACCCAGUCAUUGCCGAACAGUCAUACUAGUAACGCACCUGGCCCGGCUCCAACCAUCCCAGUCCAGCCGGUCGCCGCAGAUUUCCUGCCCGCAUUCACGUCCACUGCGCACCCCAGUGUCCGGCAAGAGAACGGGCCCAAUGCCAGGAGUUACGACGGGCCCACUGCCAGGAAUUACGAUAGGCUCACUGCCAGGAGUUACGAUAGGCCCGCUGCGAUAUCCACUGGGCUUGUCCCCGCCAAUGUCGUGUUGCCCACUCAUUUCGGCUUCAAAGGAUCCGCUACUCCGCCGCGUCAGGUGAACACCAGUGGAUCCGUUUCAUCUCUGGGUACUACAUUAGCCUCCAGUACAGAUGUGUUGGCUAGUACGGCUUUGACUAUAACCUCGGGUGCGAGGCAACCAGUGGCGGCUGCGGUGUCUUCUACAGCACCAUCUCAACCACGGUCGCAGCAGGUUCUUGCUGAUCUCUAGCGUGCUAUGUGAUGUGUGAGUGUGUGAGCGCGCGGACGCGCACACACAAUGCCAUGUGUUGUGCGGUGUGUGUGUGUGUGCGUGCGUGUGUGGUUUGUGUAUGUGUGUGUGCGAGCGCGCGCGCGCACAAUGUCAUGUGUUGUGCGGUGUGUGUACGUGUGUGUGCGCGCACGCGCGCAUACACACAAUGCCAUGAUGAGGGUGAAGGCAGUUUCGAUAGUGGAUUGGACUGUGAAUCGGACAGUGAGUCUGAAAGCUAAGGCUAGUGGACCGCACUAUUGACGUUUUUGAAUUGAUUUGAAUUUGAAUUGUACUUUUCAACUCUGCAGCAAAUGACAAAUACACUACUGCGCUAUUAUUUACAACAUCUUCCCUAUCGCUCGUUUGCUAAGAUCAGCUUAUGAUCGCUAUCACUCUGCCGUUUUCCGGUGUCCUUUGCUUCGCUCGUGCUAGCUCUCUUCCGCUGGUGUUGUCGAGAUCGUGUCCCAAUAAAUCAUGUGAAAUCCUCUCAUACGAAAGAUCCAUGUUUGGGGGUGAUUUUGGUCGAAUUUUACAACAAAUCAAUCUGUGCCAUCUCUAAUCACCAUCAAUAGGAAAUGAACGCUCGGCAAAGGGCAACCAUGAUCUACGAAUCAUCGAAAUACAAGAACAAAUUCACAUCGACUGCACUAAUUUUCAAUAAAAUAUCGUAUCGCAUGCUGCCAAUUUCAAUCAAGGAGUCGUAAAAUAACGUAAAAUAACGACUUCCGUAACGAAACCUAAAAUUGGUUCUCCCCAGCUUAUGCCCUAGUUCUGGACAUGACAACAAGCCGUUUCGACAUCCCUAGGACAUGGUCUUUCCACCCAUGCAAAGCUCAGGUUGUCUGCUUGAGACUGAAACGGGACUUGCAAAACAACGUCUUUUAGAUUUGGGCCGCAGGACUAUAUUUGCAAGAUGGAACCUGGGAACUGGAAGACGACGAAGAAGAAGCGUGGGAAUCCGGCGGCAAUGGCUGGGAUGACUGAACUUACGGGAAGGAGUGCUUCCAAGAUGGAAGACCAAGAAGAAGAAGCCGCUGAAUCCGGCGGCAAUGGCUGGGGUGCUGCGGUCUCGAGAAGAAGCGUUAUUUCUGCAUUCCAAGAAGGACGGCACAAUGUGUCGGACUGUCCGCGUCGCAUUGAACUGGUCCGAUGAGGCUGCUAUUGCACACACAGUGAGGGAACUCCCAUACGGGAACUCGGAAGUACUGCUACAGUACAGGUAUAUCACCCCGUGACGACCACAUCGAAGUCUGAAAUUGAAGUGUGAAGAUGCUUCAGCAACCCCUUCAUAUUUUUCCAUUGCUUUUAUUGUGCUUCUACUGUGCAUGUGAUGGCAAUGUAUGCCGGUGACACGGUCAGAUUUUGUCCAUGCGUGUAACGUACACCUGCAUGCUAUCGUUGAAAAGGAUCUGCCACUUACGAUCUUCGGACGAGUAUCAGGUCAGCUUGGUUUUGUGUGGGCUGUACCAGAUGCUGUUCACUUCUCUAUCUGUUGGAUAUGUGACUUUCUGCAAGUUUCUGGUGUAUGGUGGCCACUUCUUUGCUUGUCUUUGUAUGACAUUACAAUAAUUCUGUAUUCACAGCUUCCAUGGUGUGGUCUGCAAACUGCAAUCCUUAGGCAAAUAUUAUCAUCACGCUGCAAUGUUGUGCUUUGGCCGCCAGCUUACCUACACAUUGUAGUUGAAUUAUUUUUGUUUCACAACUGACUUCCUGAAGUAUGGUGGCUACUGCUUUGCAUGGCAUUAUACAAUGUUCAUCAAGAA